AUGGCCCCUACUCUGAAGGACAUUUUCGGAUCAGAUGAGCUGGCCAACCAAGUGGAAAAGUUCGAUUUUGACAAAAAUGAACGAGGAAUGAUCAUCUCGUAUGCCCCGUUGUACGGAAACUUCACCAAACAAAGCUUUGAGGCGAUGAGCGACGAGGUGAAAAUACUGAUCGCGGUUGUGACAAAAACUAUGCAGAAGAUCGAGCCUCAAGACCGAAACUACGAUACCAUCACAACUGCCUUUAUGCAAAGUCCACUGCUUCAACUGGAUGACCAAAAAUCGAUACAGCGGAGUGAUGCAUAUCACACAGAUCAUACCAACCUCUUAAAAUUGGACGGCUCUCCGGACCCAAAGAUUGUUCAAGAGAUUCAUCAUUGGUUCGAUGGACUCGUGCAAGAUCAAGAAGUCCUGCAAAAAGUCGGGCUGGGUGUAGACGCUCUAGCCAAAGUCGUUGCCCAGUCCGGUGCGAAGGUGGAUGGCGUUGAAUCAGCCAUUCACAAAGAGGAAUUUCACCAAAAGCUGUUCCAAGUGACAUUUCUCGACUUCCCUGACCCAGACCGUCCAUUAUUUGAUAUCCACAGGCUUGCACUAGAAGUUUGGUCUAGCUCCGAUCGUACAGGCUUUCUUCAGAAGGAUCAGAAUGGUGUGACUGGAGCAUACACCGCAAGAGCCUUCACCUACCGCUCUGAUGUACUUCAAGGCUUGUCUGAACUAGCUCGCAACAAGGCUAUUGCAAUUGCAAACGGGCUGUUUGACUGA